CCAAGGCUCAGACACAAGCUCACACUUACAAACACACAGCUUUGUCAGGAGGAAGCUGACCAGAGGCAGUUAACCCACAUCAGUUUCCUUAUUAUCACUCUGUUACAAGAGUUCAAGAGAAGAUAACAAACUUGUGAGGAUUUGAAGAACGAUAAACAAAUAAUUAAAUGUCUAAAGUCUACUGUCUUCCAGAUAGCUCUUAGAUCUCAUAUUUUUCAGGACCAUUGUGAACAUGACCUCCUCCAACAACUCCAGCUUGGACUCCACUUUGAUUCCGGCUAGCUGGAAUUCGGGCCGCCUGAUAUCGAGCAUCAUCCUGGGGCUGUGCUGUGUUCUAGGCCUCCCUGGUAACAUAGGUGUCCUGGUGGUCAUCCUGCGCCGCUCGUCCCGACGCCUCAACUUCACCCUGUGUCUCAUGCUCAACCUGGCUUCCUCUGACAUCCUGUGCCUGGCCAUGGUUCCUGUGUGGAUCUACAAUAUCCUGUACGACUGGACUCUGGACCAUGCCGUAUGCAAGUUAGCCACCUUCCUGCUCUACCUCAGCCUGUGUUCUAACGUGCUAACGGUUACUCUACUCGGUGUCCAUCGCCUCCUCCAGGUCCUCUACCCGCAGAUGUGGAACAGGCUGGGGCGCAAGGGGGAGGCGGUGCUGCUCCUGGCCCUGUGGGGGCUCGCCUGUGCUCUGACUGCCCCCACUGUUGUCACUCGCGAUGUGGUUGAUGGCGGGCUCCAUUGCCAGCAACACAAGGGCUCCGAUGCUGAAAGAGUUACUAUGCUUCUCCUGCAGACCCUUUUAGGGUUUGUGGUCCCGUUCUCUGUGCUGGUCACCUCCUACUGCCGCCUCCACCGGCGGGUGAACCAGACGGCGCUGUUCAGCAGUGCCAAGAUGACGUGGCUGGUCACCAGUGUGGUGGUCGCCUUCUUCAUCCUCUGGAUCCCUGUGCACAUUGUCAAUGUGGUAGAUAUCGCCUGCAUUGUGCUGCGGGCUUCUCUUCAGGAGUCGUCAAUUGCUCUGCAGUGCCAAAGAAACGCGGCAGCGCGUGUCGCCCGGUGCUUUUUGUUUUUUAACUGCUGCCUGGACCCCUUCCUGUACGCCUUCGCCUCGCGGAGGAUCCGUGAGCAGCCCAAGUCGUCGUCGAGGAGCGAAAUCAGGAUGCAGGUCACACAUGUCUGAUGUUUAAAGCUCUGCUCUGCUGGUGUGACUAAAGGCAUAUGACUGGCAUGCCAACCCCUAAUUCUAACCCUCGGCCUACCUAUAAUCAAACCCCUCACCCAAACCUUAACAAGUCAGGGUACUCUCAAAAAUAAAUAGCUUUUUUAGGUGUUUUUAGAGCAGCCGAUUAAGAGAGCCCAUUGCUCCUGCUGUUUUGUCCCCAAUAAAACCUACAUUUUGGUUUGCUGACUGUAUAGGCUGGACUUUCUAGGUAUCCAUAGGUUAGCCUUUAUUUGUUAUUUCGGGGAUCUAACGCCCUUCAAGCUUGACCUCCAUUGGUCAAAGCCUAAAUUGUAUUGCUUCUGUCAGCUUUCCCAUGAAUAAAUACAUAUAUUUGGUUA